GCGCUUUCCUUUGUUUCAAUCUUCCUCCUUCCAAAUUUUCCUUCCGAACUAACUUCCCUUUCUACUUUCUCAUUCAUCAACUCCAAUUCUACUAUUCUACUUUCUAUAGAAAAGCAUGUCCACCAUUUCUGCUUUCUCAUUGGUCAACUCCAAUUCCAAUAUCUUUCACCCUUCUUCACUUUCUCCAAUCCCUUUUUUUUCCUCUACUUCCUCUGAAUCUCAGUUAUUAUUGCAUCCUUCUUCACAUUACCCUAAAUUCCCUUCCUCUUCAUCAAUUCUCUCAAUUUCUUCAAGAAAAUCUCUUACCCAUCUUUGUUGUAAAUCCUUUGAAGCAGAAGAGCUGUCCUCACCGGAAGACGAAUGGCUCCAGAAGCUUCCCGAUAAGAAGAAGCCCCUUUACUCCCACAGCUUGCUUUGCAUUGAGGCUUGGUUGAGGAAUCUAGGGUUCUGUCAAAGCAGCGACGAUAGGGCUAUUUGGUUUAUUCAGAAGCCAGAUUGGCACGCCCAACUCUCGCUCGACAUCACUGACCUCUAUAUAAGGUACUUGAAGAGUGGACCAGGAAAUCUUGAAAAGGAUGUGGAAAGAAGAUUCAGUUAUGCUUUAAGCAGAGAGGACAUAGAGAAUGCUGUUCUUGGAGGACCAUAACCAUUUUAUUUUCCAUCUGCCAAAUAUAUAGAUUUGACUAAUUUUCAUGAAGUUGAAAUGGCCUCUCAUGAAUGGAUAAAGAUAGUGUUUUAACAAUGUGACUGGAAAAUGUUGAAUUCAUGUGUAGAUUUUAUCCCAUACAAUUCUAGGUGCCGUGUAAGUUGUAGUUUUAAUAUUAGCAAGGUCAAAUGUUAUUCUGGUCCCUUGACUCA